ACGACGCGACGACGCCCCGCUCAGCUGGGCCGCCGAGGCCCGCCCCCCCGGCACGGCCCGCGCGCGUGUGUGUGAGUGUGUGACAGGGAGUGCACGUGCAGGACACGUGUGAAGGCAUGGUGGUGUGAGUGAUGUGCCACGCGACUCGGUGCAGGCCGGCAGCACGCCGGACACGCUGCAGACAUGACGUACCGCGGGAUGUCCCAGCGGGUCCACUUCGAGUCACUGCCGUCCCCCGUGGAGCGCUUCGCCCUCAAGGAACUCAUCGGCGAGGGGACUUACGGCGACGUCUACAGCGCCAAGGACAACCUCACUGGCGAACGGGUGGCGGUCAAGAUCCUGGAGAAUGUGGCGGACAACCUGGAGGAGAUCGAGGAGGAGUACAGGGUGCUGCGCGAGCUCAGCGGGCACCCGAACCUGCCGACGUUCCGCGGCCUGUACCUGCUGCGGGCCGCCUGCCGCGAGGAGGACCAGCUGUGGUUCGUCAUGGAGCUCUGCACCGGCGGCUCCGUCACUGACCUCGUGCAGGGACUCAAGCAGCGCGGCGCCCGGCUCUCCGACGACCAGAUCGCCUACAUCCUCCACGAGACCGUCGAGGCGCUGGUGUACCUGCACGCCAACCACUGCAUGCACCGCGACGUCAAGGGCCACAACAUCCUGCUGACGGACGACGCGCAGGUCAAGGUGGUGGACUUCGGCGUGUCGUCGCACCUGCAGGCCACGCUGGGCCGCCGCAACACGUCGGUGGGCACGCCGUACUGGAUGGCGCCGGAGGUGAUCGCCUGCGAGCAGCAGCUGGACUCGUCGUACGACUGCCGCUGCGACGUGUGGUCCGUGGGCAUCACGGCCAUCGAGCUGGCCGAGGGCGAGCCGCCGCUCAGCGACCUGCACCCCAUGCGCGCCCUCUUCCAGAUCCCCCGCAACCCACCGCCGCAGCUCGCGCAGCCCGAGCAGCACAGCGCCGAGCUCGUGGACUUCGUGCGGCAGUGCCUCGUCAAGGACAUGGAGCAGCGGCCCUUCAGCCGCCACCUGCUGCGGCACCCGCUGCUGCAGCGCGCCGCCGUGCAGGCGCAGCGGGUGCGGCUGGAGCUGCGGAGGGAGAUGAACGGCGAGGGUCGCAGCCCGCGGUCGCGUGCGCGGGCCCGCCAGAGGGCGCCGCAGGUGACCACCAAGCACGGCCAGCUCAAGCAGGACAGGAAGUCCAAGCCGCAGCCCAUGUUCCGCGACGACCUGGCCGCCCUGGACAACCUGACGGAGGCCAGCAUCGUGGAGCAGCUGCAGCGGCGCUUCGAGCAGGGCCAGAUCUACACGUACAUCGGCGACAUCCUGCUGGCCGUGAACCCCUUCACCAGCCUGGGGCUGUACUCGGAGCACGAGCAGGCGCGGUACCGGGGCCGCGCGCGCUCCGACAACCAGCCGCACAUCUUCGCGGUGGCGGACGCCGCCUACCAGGCGCUGGUGCACCAGCUGCACAACCAGGCCAUCGUCAUCUCGGGGGAGAGCGGCGCGGGCAAGACCGUCUCCGCCAACCUGCUCCUCAAGCAGCUGGUGUUCCUCGGCAAGGCGCCGAACCGCAACCUGGAGAAGCGGAUCCUGCAGGUGAACCCCGUGAUGGAGGCGUUCGGCAACGCGCAGACCGGCAUCAACUCCAACUCGUCGCGCUUCGGGAAGUACCUGGACGUGGCCAUGACGCGCAGCGGCCGCGUGACGGGCGCGCGCAUCUCCGUGUACCUCCUGGAGCAGUCGCGGGUCGUGCAGCAGGCCGAGGGCGAGCGCAACUUCCACGUGUUCUACUACCUGUACGACGGGCUGGAGCGAGAGGGCCGCCUCCACGAGUUCCACCUGGACGCCGACCUCCGCGUGCACCACGCCUUCCUGGCCGGCGAGAGGACGGACCCCACCACCAAGCAGGCGAACGUGGAGCGCUUCUACCAGCUCAAGGCCGCCUUCGGGCUGCUGGGCUUCCGCGCCGACGAGGUGGACUCGGUGUACCGGGUGCUGGCCGCCAUCCUCCACAUCGGCGACCUCGAGUUCGCCGACCAGCUCCCCGCUAACAACGGCGCGGGUGAUCCGGGGACCCGGCUGCUCGACGUGGCUCCCUUGCACCGAGUGUCCCAGUUGCUGGGGGUCGACGCGGCCGAGCUGGUGACGGCGUUGACCUCCACCAGCGUGGUGACGCGCGGGGAGACCAUCACGCGCUGCAACAGCAGGCAGGAGGCGAGCGCGGCGCGGCACGCCCUGGCCAAGGGGCUGUACGGCCGCCUGUUCGACUGGAUGGUCAACCAGAUCAACACGCUGCUCGCCUUCACCAAACCAGGCGAGGAGCCCCUGUCCAUCGGCCUGCUGGACAUCUUCGGCUUCGAGAACUUCCCGCGCAACUCGUUCGAGCAGCUGUGCAUCAACAUCGCCAACGAGCAGAUCCAGUACUACUUCAACCAGCACAUCUUCACCUGGGAGCAGCAGGAGUACAUGGCGGAGGGCGUGCCCGUGGACCUGGUGGAGUUCUCCGACAACCGGCCCGUCCUGGACAUGCUGCUGUCGCGUCCCCUGGGCCUGCUCGCCCUGCUGGACGAGGAGUCACGCUUCCCCAGGGCCAGCGACCGGACACUAGUCGACAAGUUCCACUGCAACAUGAAGAGCCGCUUCUACGUGCGUCCGAAGGGCAACGCGCUGUGCUUCGCGGUGUGCCACUACGCGGGCCGCGUGGCGUACCAGGCCGACGGCUUCCUGGAGAAGAACCGCAACUUCCUGCCGCCAGAGGUCAUCCAGGUCGUGCGGCGCUCCUCCAUCCCGGCCGUGAGGUUCCUGUUCCAGUGCCCCAUCACCAGGACGGGGAACCUGUACGCCGCGGCCACCCCCAGUCCCGAGCCGUCCACGCCGCCUGAGCGGUUCAGCAGCGUGGGUCUGGCGUCCCAGUCGCGCGCCCAGCAGACGGUGUCCACGUACUUCCGGUUCAGCCUGAUGGACCUGCUGCAGAAGAUGGUGUCGGGCACGCCGCAGUUCGUGCGCUGCAUCAAGCCGAGCGAGGAGCGUCCGCAGCAGCACCAGCAGCGCGGCGCCGUGUUCGACGCGGAGAAGGUGCUGCGCCAGCUGCGCUACACCGGCGUCCUGGAGACCAUCCGCAUCCGCCAGCACGGCUUCUCGCACCGCCUGCCCUUCGCCGAGUUCCUCAAGAGGUACUACUUCCUUGGCUUCGGCUUCAAGGACAACGUUCCUACCACGAGGGAGUCCUGCAGACUGCUGCUAGUGCGCCUGCAUCUGGACGGCUGGGCGCUGGGCAAGACCAAGGUGUUCCUCAAGUACUACCACGUCGAGUACCUGGCCAAGCUGUACGAGGAGCAGGUCCGGCAGGUGGUGCUGGUGCAGGCCGUGGUGCGCGGCUGGCUGGCCCGCCUGCGCUACCGACGCGCCCUCGCGCAGCGCGACGCCCUGCGCCAGUCCGCGCUCACGCUGCAGCGCUACGUCCGAGGCUGGAUCGAACGCCGGCGCUCCCACGAGGCGCACCAGCUCGCCCAGCAGGCCCAGCAGGCCCAGCAGGCCGCCAUGCACCGGCGGCAGCACCGGCAGCGGCAGCCCGCCAGCGCCAACCCGCCCAAGAAGAGCAAGCAGGCCUCCGCCGCCGCGUGGCUCAAGGCCCGGCUGCGGCGACGCGGCAACGACAACAAGGAGAACCAGCCGCUGGACCCCAACCAGGCCGCCGUGCUCAUCCAGAGCCACUUCCGCGGCUACACGGUUCGCCGUCGCUGGCGGCACAACCUGGAGCUGGAGGCGCGGCAGCGGGACAGGGCGGGCCCCGUGGGGGCGCCCAUGGUCUUGCCCCUGGUGGCGGUGCCGAUGGCCACCCCGGAGUCCAGGACCAACGCGGAGCUGGCGGCCUUCUCCCAGAAGGUGCACGCCUCCAACCAAGAGGCGCACCGGUACCUGCGUCGCCACAAGCACGCCGCCGUGGGCAAGGCGUCCAGCUCGGCGGCGUACUACGAGGCGCUGCAGGACCACGGCGUGAGACUGAACGCGGCCAGGACCGAGCACGCGGCCCACGCCGCGCACGUGCAGCCCGAGGCGCCGCGACGCCUGCGGGCGCGCCAGGGGCAAGGGCAGCGGAAGCAGAGCAGCGGGUCCGUGGCGCCGGCCGCCCCCAGCGCCACCCCGCCCGACGUCCACCGCGUGCUGCGGGACGCCACCCCGACCCUGAGCUCGACGCCCGCCUCCGCGGCGCCCUCCCCCGCGCGCACCCCCGCGCACACGCCCGUCCCCCUGGCCGCCAACAAGGGCGGCAACAGCCCCAGCGGCUCCAACGAGGACCUGCGCGGCCCCUACGACUUCCGGCGGCUGCUCCGGCCGACGGACUACCUGCCCACCGAGUCCCUGAGGAAGAGGAAGGGGGUCCGCGUGACGGGCCUGGCGAACCCCUCAGGUCCGGGCGGCCUGUUCGGACCGGGCCGCCGCUCCCCGCCCUCGCCAACCGACUCGCCCGUCAAGAGGAGGCCGAUGCCCGGCCCUGCCGCCGCCCACUGAAGUUGUUGUUGUUGUUAUUAUUGUUGUACAAAGCAGUUCCGUAUUUAUUUGCGUUGGACGUACCAUGCCCAGUGAGUAGCGUAUAUUUUUAUGCGGAGAAUAAAGUGAGAGAUGUCGCUAA